AUGGCUAACUCACCUUCUAUUCCAUCCCCUACCCUUGGAGUGUCAUCUAAACUAUCUACUGUAGAAGAAGCUGAUGCAAAUAGGAUCCAGGCUGAAGUUCCUCCAACAAUCUUCCAAAAGAUGGUGGCAGAGCUGGUGGGAACUUACGUUCUUGUAUUUAUGGGGUGUGGGGCUGCUCUUGUCAACAAAACACAUCCUCUUACGACUGUGGGUAUAGCAAUCGUAUGGGGUCUUGUUCUUAUGGCGCUUACUUAUACAGUUGGUCAUGUCUCUGGUUGCCAUUUGAAUCCUGCUGUUACUAUUGCCUUAGCUGCUGCUCGUAAAUUUCCAUCCAAACAUGUACCUAUGUAUGCAUUGUCACAGAUGAUGGGUGCAAUACUAGCAAGCCUGACCCUGCGGCUGUUAUUUCAAGACAAUAUUGACUUAAUGGUGACUCAGUACUCUGAUUCAACAACUCAUCUACAAGCCCUCGUCUGGGAAUUCAUAGCCACCUUUAUACUGAUGUUCACCAUUUGUGGUGUUGCCACUGAUCACAGAGCGAGCAAGAAGUUAGCUGGAGUUGCUAUAGGUGUUACAGUUCUGUUCAAUGCCAUGGUUGCUGGGCCAAUCACUGGAGCUUCCAUGAAUCCUGCAAGGAGUUUUGGCCCUGCUGCUGUUACUGGUAUUUAUAAGAAUCUGUGGGUCUAUCUUAUAGCUCCUAUUCUCGGGGCGCUUGCUGCUACUGCACUGUAUAGUGUUCUCCGGGUACCUGAACCCGUGAAAGCUGAUCCAAAAGACAAAUCACUUCCACCAGUAUGA